AUGUGUGCAAACGAAUUAGAAAUGGCAAAUACGAACUCUAAACCAUCCAAGUUUUUCUUCAAUUUUAUCCCGUUCUUAACUUUAGAAGAUGAAAGUAACAAACCUUUAUCAAUUUGUUAUGUGAUUUUUGUAAUCGGUUCUUUGGCAUAUCUUAUAUUUUUAAUUCUCAAAAAAACAGUUUUAGUGACUACUCAAGAUAUAUGCAAUGAGUUAUUUGCUGCUAUAGAUAAAAAGGAUACCAUUAAAUGUGUUAAUAUUAUCAAGAAAUAUCCACAGUUAAUUAAUAUGUUUUGUGGAAAUAGUCGAUAUACACCGUUUUUGAGAGCUUGUUUAAACGCUCACACUCAAUUAGUAAAAUAUAUGAUAAGGGAAGGAGCUAAUGUUAAUUUAAAAUCGUUAAACGGUGAAAAUGGCAUAUAUUUAACCGCUUAUUAUCAUGUAAAAUACCAAGACGUUAUGGAUGCCACUUGUUUACAUGCUUUGUUUUAUGCUGGGGUGAAUAUUAAUCAGCCAAAUGCGAAAGGGUGGACCGCUUUACAUUUAGCGUCGUUUUUUGGACAUCAUCGUCUGGUUAGGUGGCUUUUAAACAAAGGAGCCGAUCCAAAUGUUUUGCCAAGUCCUUACCUUUUAGCUAGAGAACAAGGUCAUCUUUUAACAACGUCUGUUUUUCGUGCCGUAUUACCAGUAACUAAUAGGUUCUUUAUUCGAGAAAAACGUGUUUUUAGAAAUUUCGUUAAACAUGGGUUAAGGUGUUGCCCCCCUUUCUGUUGCGAACCUGAAUUAACCCAAUAUUUAGGCUCCUCGUUCGAGAGGGAUAAUUUAUAUUUUAGUUAG